AACCCGUGCACCGCCGUCGCCGUGAUUGCAUUGUGCUGGCGUCCGUCUUGCUCUCGCCGUGAAUAAUUCACCUGUCACGCCCCUCGUCAGCAGCGCCUGCCCUGCACGCCCGCCGCCGAGUCGUGUGCCAUUCCCCAACGACGCCAUCAAAACCUGGUGUGAGGGGUCACCAUCGUCACUGCCUCUUUGAGAACCACGACUGCUGCAAGCACCCAUCCGCCCAGCACCACUACCACUUCACGCCGCGCACCCUCGACACACUCAACUCGCGCCGCCAGCUCCAUCCACGCCGUUGCUACCGCCGCUGCAGCUGCCAUCCGCGCAAGCCAGCCAUUCACGCAGACUUUUGUCCGCAAAAGCACUGGACCCGCCGCAACAGCCCAGUUGGUGGCACCUGACCAACCUCUGCCGCACCACCUCCACCUCCACCUCCGCGCUGCCUCGCGCCGCCUCGCAACGCGACCACAUCACCGCCCGAAGCGCACGAAGCACCUCACGAACCGCAACCACGGAACGCAUUCGCACCCUCCCACCGCGCUCCGCCCACCCGUUGCUCAACCGCAGUCCGCCCUACUCGCGAUAGCAACACGCAGCUGCUGAGCGCGUGAGCCCUUCCUCAGCUUCAAAUGUCGAACAAUCGGCCUCAAUUCCAAGGCCUCAGAAUGGGAGGUUCCGAAGUCAUUCGCGAAAAGGUGCAGGAUGGCCUGACCGGCGAAACCAAGGAGAUGCAGUACACACAGUGCAAGAUUGUGGGCAAUGGCAGCUUUGGCGUCGUGUUCCAGACCAAAUUGUCUCCUUCGGGCGAAGAUGCGGCCAUCAAGCGCGUGCUUCAGGACAAGCGAUUCAAGAACCGAGAAUUGCAAAUCAUGCGAAUCGUCCGCCACCCCAAUAUUGUCGAACUCAAGGCAUUCUACUACUCCAACGGAGACAGGAAAGAUGAGGUCUAUCUCAACCUGGUCCUCGAGUUUGUUCCGGAGACGGUCUACAGAGCUUCACGCCACUUCAACAAGCUGAAGAGCACGAUGCCUAUCCUCGAGGUCAAGCUGUACAUCUACCAGCUUUUCCGCUCCCUCGCCUACAUCCACUCCCAAGGCAUCUGUCACCGAGAUAUAAAGCCGCAGAACUUACUCCUCGAUCCUGCCUCGGGCAUCCUCAAGCUGUGCGAUUUCGGUAGCGCAAAGAUCUUGGUGGAAAAUGAGCCCAAUGUCUCGUACAUCUGCUCGCGUUACUACCGUGCGCCGGAACUCAUUUUCGGUGCCACGAACUACACCACCAAGAUUGAUGUCUGGUCCACGGGCUGUGUCAUGGCAGAGCUGAUGCUCGGGCAACCUUUGUUCCCAGGAGAGUCUGGUAUCGAUCAAUUAGUGGAGAUCAUCAAAGUGCUUGGCACGCCCACUCGUGAUCAGAUUCGGACUAUGAAUCCGAACUACAUGGAGCACAAGUUCCCACAAAUCAAGCCGCAUCCAUUCAGCAAGGUGUUUAGGAAGGCCGAUCCGAAUGCAAUCGACUUGAUCUCGCGUCUGUUGGAGUACACACCCACGCAGCGUCUGUCGGCAAUUGACGCCAUGGUGCAUCCAUUCUUCGACGAGCUCAGAGAUCCGAACACGCGACUUCCAGACUCGCGCCACGCAGGCGGACCCAGCAAGGAUCUGCCAAAUCUCUUCGACUUCUCCCAUCAUGAGUUGUCGAUCGCACCACAUUUGAACGCUCAGCUCGUCCCAGCGCACAUGAAGCCGGUACUGGCUGGCAAGGGGCUAGACAUCGACAAUUUGACACCACUGACCAAGGAUCAAAUGAUGGCGCGUCUGGACUGAGAGGGCUAUACCCUUUCUUACCUCUCACUCCGAACGAAAGCUUGAGCUUUUAGUCAUGAAGUUACGCAGCGACGCAUGGUCAUAAUAACGGUCACACAGGGACGGCGUUCAUCGAGCCUGGAGUUCACGACCCACCCCAUGCUGAACCGUUCUGGCCUGGAUACUCUUUGGGAAAAACGAUACACCUCAUCAAAACUUCAUGGAUCUGAUAUGGACGCGCGCUGGUCCAGCAACGAACCCUAGCGAGAGUGCCUCGAUCGAUGCUGCUUUCCACUUCUUCACACAAGGUAGAUGAUGUUUUCUGCGAUGGGCUGUAAAAGAGGCGAAGACGGAGCAUUGAGGGAGGGAACACGACUUCCACCGAUCACCUACGGCGCAUGGGCGGGAAAAGGGGAGACGAACGCGAGUUCUGCCCUUUUUCUCCUCACACAAAAAUUGUUCUCUUUUUGGCUGAAAAAGGGCGAAAUGUUUUCAUGGCCAACACCCAUCACGACGAGACAAAAAGGUUUUGCGGGACGAAAGCAUUAGGGAAUGAACCACAUUUGGAGGCUUUUGAUAAGCUCUCUGAAGUACGGUAGCUAGCGGCGAUACCACUGGGGCAUUUUUGCAGCCGUGUGUGCGAUAUGCAGUGACUUGAAUUCAGGUCAUGGUAUAGUCUUCUUUUCUCUCUUUCCAUUUUCACUUGAUUCGUGGGAUGCGAGUGCCACAGGCG